UCAAUUAAUUGCAUUCUGUAUUAUUAUAAUAAAUGACUGUUACCCUUCAUAUAUCUCUUCUCCAUCAUAGUUGAUCUCCUUGACUCUUGUAGUAUGGAGUGAUUCCACUGAGACCUUGAAACCAGCAUCACCAUUGGACCCCAUGUGUGACUUGUGGGCGGAUCAAGACCAAUUAAUAUUGCGGGGGUGUUAGCAACAGAAAUCACGCAAACAAGGGCGGGGCUCAUAGACAAGCAAAAGAAGAGGCUCUGAAGAGGCAGCAGUACAAGCAAAGUUAUAUUUGAAGCAGCAGCAAUUACAGCUUAAGUAAUAAUGGCAGAAAACACAAGUCCAGCUAUCACUAUGACUUGUGAGGUUUGUUCAGAGUAUUACACUGACCCCCUCAUGCUUCCCUGUCUUCACUCAUUCUGUAAGAAGUGUCUAAUAAAAGCUAAAGAGAAGCAAGAUAGUGCUGAUACCUCAUUAAAGUGUCCAACGUGUGACACUAGCGUUAAUUUACCUGAUGGUAAAAUUGAAGGCCUGACUCAAAACCUUUGGUUUGAACAUGAAUCAAAAGAGGCUUCGAUCAAAAAGAAGAUUGUUAGCAAGGAAGCAAUAUCGUGCGAUAAAUGUAUCGUUGAUGAUUCCAGUGAUGCAGCUGUCGUGUAUUGCUGUGAUUGUGGCCAGUUUCUGUGUGAUCAUUGUAAGAAAAGUCAUAAAAGAAGCAGGAUAGAAGCAAAUCACAAGCUAAUUGAUCUAGAAACAAAGGAAUCCAUCAAACUGCCUACUGUUAAGCAUAAAGAGGGAUAUUGUGAUCGGCAUACAGAUCAAAAGCUGAUUUACUAUUGUAACAAUUGCGAGAAAUUAGUCUGUCCUAACUGCCUGCCUAUCAAACACAAGGAUCACAACAUAGAAGAUUACAUUGAUGUAGGAGAAACAGCACGUAAAGCAUUAAAGGAAAGUGUUGCUAGUUGUGCUGGAGUCAUUCCUCCAGUCACUGAAGCUAUUGCUAAUGGAGAGAAGAUGCUAGAGCAGAUAGCAACACGUAAAGAAGAAGUAAGGCAGGAAAUCAAGGAAAUGUUUGAAGAGCUUAAAGCUGCUUUAGAAAAGAGAUGUAAUGCUCUACUAAUGGAGACAGAAGAGAUUGCUAGUGCUAAGAGGAAUUCUGUUAAGAAGCAGUUGGACGGGUUUCGUAAACUGGUAAAACAGGUUUCUCAUGGUCGUCAUCUUGCAUCAUCAGUGAGUGAGCGUACUGAUCCAGGUGAAGUUCUCAGUGUUAAGAAGCUAAUCACCAAUCAACUAGAGGAAUGCAUUGAAGAGUAUAAGAAACUACCUCUAGAAAUAGAAGACAAAGGAGCCAUUUUAACACGUCUAGAUACAUCUAUUUUAAGUAAAGAAAUCAAUGAGUUUGGAAGUGUUUUUGAGUUUGAGCAGCUUGACCCAUCAAUUUAUUCCAUUGAUAGUGGGUUAGCUAUUCCAUUGGCAACAGUAAAGAAAGAAAGGAAAUUCAAAGUGUCUCUACCAGCAGGCAUUGAUAAAGCAGCAAGCUAUUUGAAGGCUUCCUUUAUCAAAAGUGAUGGUAGUAAAGAGGAGGGUAGAGUUGUUAUAGUUAAUGAUAACAACACAGCCAUUGUAUCAUGCACAUCUCAAAGUAUUGGUGGGUAUGAACUAUCAGUGACUGUAAGAGGUCACCAUAUUAAAGGUAGUCCUUAUCAACUGUCAGUAAAAGCAUCAAGAGACUAUACCGCACUAACUAACCAGAGAUCCUUUAAUGUGGAGAAUUAUACAGGUGGUGUUGCUGUUCAUACUAAUGGUGAAGUAUUUGCUAGUAGUCAUGAUGGGUUUGUUCAGGUAUUUAGUGAGGAUGGUACUGCAGUAAGAAGGAUUGGAUCUAAAGGUAAUGGUAAUGGACAGUUCGAAUGUCCUUGGGGUUUAUUGCUGGUAGGAGACAGGCUCUAUGUGUCUGAUGAUACUCUUAAUCGUGUGCAGUAUUUCUCAGCUACUACUGGUCAGUAUAUUGGUCAGUUUGGUAGUGAAGGUAAUGGCAAUGGACAAUUCUCUAAUCCUCAUGGUAUGUCUACUGAUGGUAAAGGUAAUAUAUUAGUAGCUGAUUACAACAACAAUAGAGUACAAGUGUUUAAAGAAGAUGGUACAUUUGUACAAGUCAUACAAUGUGAUGGUAAUGCAUUUGAUGUAGCAGUUGAUAACAAAGGAAAGAUACACGUUACAUUUUACAAUAAUCUCGGUCAUGUUCAAGUCUUCUCUCCUGAUGGUAAAAUGCAUCUUGAUACAUACAAUAAUCCUCAUAGUGGCUCUGAGUAUCUUCAAGGUAUUGCUGUUGAUGAUGAUGGACAUAUCUUAGUAUUGACUUACGAGGGUAGUAGCAAGUCUUGUGUUUAUGCAUUGAGUCCUGACGGGAAAGAAGUCGAAUUAAUCUCAGGAUUGAAUGAUCCAUUUGGUAUAGCACUGGAUAAGGAUGGAUAUAUUUAUGUUGCUGAUUAUAGCAACAAUUGUGUAAUGAAAUAUUAA